UCGCUCACAGCAAAUAAAACGCGACCAGCGCAUCGAGUAGUGAGCCGGGAAAAUGGCGUCCGCAUCGUCGGGCCCAGAUUGGUUCCCGUACACAAUUUCUCUCUUGACUUCUACUCAGUGCACUCCCACAAAGUCAGACUUACAACUUCUAGUAAAGGCCGUCAUUCAAAGUGAAAAUGUACUGGCUUCUGAUGACGAAGAGUACCAGGAAUUUUGCAUCAGUUUUGCUGGCCUCAGCGCUCACAUCAUCAGUUCCAAUGCUGCUUCUUUCUCAAGAAGUCAGAUAGCAAGUACAGCACAAGCAUGCAGAAUCCUACUGCGGUUCUUCCUUCGCCUGCUGAAAACUUUCAGCAACGCCUGUCCCCUUCAGGACUUGAUAAUGGCCCUGAUUGGAAACCUUUGCAUGGCCAAUGCUGGCACACCGUCCAAAGUGGACUUGGGUGCCCUCACGAACGUGUUGAAACCAGCUAAGGUACCCCCAGGUCUGCUUCCCAAGUUGGAAGCUGCAGAGCACAAAGAAGAUGGCAAAGGGAUGAGUCACCUGCGUUUGGACCCCAGCGCGGUCAUCCUAGAGCAACUGAUGACGUCACUUCUCGAAGCUCCCCCGCAGCUGAAGCAGGAUGCUGGGGCGGAGUCCAUGGACCUGGGUGCCAACCUCAGUUCUAGCCACAUCAUAGAUCCAGGCAUGGAGGCUAAAAACUUUCUUCUGGCAAAGAACCUGUCAAGCCUACAGCAGGAGCACGGAGGAGAUGUUCUGCUGGACAUGUGCCUCGCCCUCCCUUCUCUCGUCCAGUUUACAGACAACAUGGAAGAUGUCCUAGCCAGUGGCGGUGGCAUCGUGCCAGACUGCUUGGCCAGCAGUCUUGUCCUAAGUGGAUCGAACAAGACAUUGCUGGGAGACAUAUCGUUGGUGUGCAAGGCCCUGAGCCUCCCAGUCCUCGAGCCCCUCAAUGAGUCCCGCGUGCGACGUCUGGUAACACUGGCACUGGGCUGCGUACACAUGUCAGUGGCUGUAGCGGCUGCGGCUAGCUUCUUGGGUGUCUCCGGGCAGCCCCCAAACAAAGGGGGUGUCCUCAUACCUUACAGGGAGGACGAGGGUGACGUGUCGACUGUUCGCAUUGUCGAAGCCUGUCUUGACAUUUACAACUCCAUUGCUGCUACACUCCGUUCCUCUUCGAGAGCUGGCGGUCAUGUCGUACAAAAUCUACAUCUUCUGUCAUCGUGGCUACUGCUUCGUGGCCUACAGGGUGUCCUUAAUGCAACCAGCUUUAUGGAGAGGCCCUGCAGAGAAGGUGGAAUGCCCAGGAGCCGAACCACACCUGAUCACACCCCAACAAGGGCAAGGGAUCAGUCUGCUAAUAUCAAGCAAAGUUUUGCCAAAAUACAACAGGGUUUUGGUGUUCUGCCUGUAGCGCUGGCCAAUCAUGUGCUGUCGCUACUUACCAUACUGUUUGGAGAACUGCGUGUUGAACCGGGACUGGUGCAGGCCGAAAAGGAUGACAGUGGCACUGCCGCAGCGGAACAGUGUGUGGAAUUUCUGCGUAACGUCACCUCUUCGUAUCCAGCUUCGAAGCGAAUUUCUACGUUGGUGGGGCUCAACUUGACCACAUUGCUUUUUGACCUUAUUUCGGUACUAUACAGGAAGGCUGGAAUGUUGAAACGCAUACAAAAGCAUCCUGCAGAUGGAGACAACUUCAGCACGUCGGACUCAAACACUUACUACGAAGAAGACUUCAGCACGUCCGACGACAGCAGUGCUGAUGAAGGCUCGUUGUUCUUCUCAGACGACGACAGCGAGCCCAUACUCGGCCACUGGUUUGAGGAGACGCUGGCGCCUCGGGAACAGGCACCGGCCCCGAGUGGUACGCAGCAACAGGGAGCAGACGUGAACGAGGGCGGAGCAGACGGCAAGGGAAGCUUCCGCUGUUUAUUGCCCGAAGGAAAAGCGGUGAUGAUCCCGGAGAAAGGAGAACCACAUGGGUACAUUGCACUGGCAACAAAGGUGCUAAGUUUCAUCAACGCUUACCUGGUAAAUUUUGAAAGUGCACAGCCGUAUUUCAAGUCAAGCAUUAGCAUGCCCCAAAUGGUCAUCUUGGCUGGUGUCAUCAAGGACUUAGACCGUGAAACAUGCAGGAGUGAAGCAGGCACCAUUAGCAUACUGUUCGGGGCAACACUGGGUCAGCUCUACGAGGACUUCUCCAAAGCCCUGGCUCGCUUUGUGCAUAACAUAUUAGCUACUGGUCUGCUUAACGAAACCUAUCAGGAUGGCCUGUUAACGCACCUGAACGUUAACCCCUGGAUUCAAAAAGAGUGGCCUCUGCAGAUUUACAGGCGUACCCUGUCUAUCUUAGCGCAGGUGCUUCUGUUGCGACAGCAAAAGGAGAGGGACGAGAUAAGGGGGGAGCACGAAGGGCCCUGUGUCCUGAUCUUUCGGCUCCUGCUCGGCACUAUGGAAAAGGCUAUCCUGUCGGUGCAUGCGGACGAUGUGGAAGAUCUGAAUGUGGAGCACGUGCAGUUGCUGCUGUUUCUGUUUUACAGCCUGCCCUUGAUGCAGAAGAAAGCGGUUCUUCUCAACAUAGCCAAGACCAUUGUGGCUGUGGCGCCAUCUGCGCAGGAACCCCUGAAGGACAUCCAUAUUGUGUACAUAGCAAGGAUGCUUCACAUGUUUGAGUACAUAAUAAAAAAUCUUUACGAGGCUCCUGCUGCACUGGUGGAGCAGGUACAAGUGAACCUUUUCACCGUUCAUGGCGCUGCAUCGUCAAACAACUUGGACAAUGAGAACUCGAAGCAGCAUGGCAAGCUGUUUGUUCCCUGCAAGGAGGUUGAGGAGAACUUCACAAAAAAUUUCAUGAGUGACAUGUCACAAGGCGCUCAAAUGAAGCCACGAUUUUACUACUUGAUGACCGUCGAAAGCGGCACACAGGAUGUCCCGAAGCUGGAUGGAUUUGCAUGCAGUUUUAUGUUGGCCACACCGGACACGUUAAGCUACUCGGAAUUGUAUUCAGCUGUACUAUCUCUCCUGUGGAUCGGAGCACAGUGUGAUGCCGUUGGACGGACAGUGGAAGGCGGAAAGCUGUCAUACUUGGGCACAUCGGCCGUACAGUUCUGCUUUGGGGCAGUGUGGAGGCUGUUGCUGACCCUUCCUCCAUCUGUACUAUCCAUAGAGGAAUUGGCAACAGGCAAUGCUAUGCUCGACUUGCCUCACAUUCUUCAUGCUAUUCUGUGGGUUUCCAGAAUCGGCGAUCAGAGCUUCUUUGUGUGGAUACGGGACUGCCUGGUAAAACAGGGCCUCAUCACACACAAGGCAGAGUCCCUUUUGCAUCAGGUAUCAAAAAAUGCGGGACAGCUGCUGUUUGACGUACGAAUGUUCAAGCAACUUGUGAGCAAACAGCUGGCUCAAGGCCCCGAGGACCUCUCUGGUGUCGUGGCAAAGGACAGACUUCCUCGCAUGAUGGAUUUGUUUGUCCUGGAAGCACUCAUCGCCAAAGUCCAGGUGUCACUGGAUGAAUGUCUGCUCAAACCAUCUAACGAAAAUCCAAGCAGGGAAGUGAAAGACCUAUCCCGGGAAAUUUUUCCCAUCUUACUCCAGCUUGUACGACUCUACAGCACACUUAUUCACUGGAGCAUCCUUCACCAGGCAUCAGAACUGUGCUCGACUCCUUGGUCACCCACGACGCUGAAGGCUCUUGACACUGUACUGCGCAUGACGUCCAGACGCAGUGCGCAGGUGACAGUGACGGCCACUACCGUCGUGUCUCUCUUGCCACCACAGCUGGAAUCCAUACUUGAUGCGUGGACGGCAAUCACUGUGAACGUCUGCUCUUGGAGGACUGACUUUGCCAAUGACAACCUGCCUUCUGAGAGCUUCAUUGCCUCAGUGCAAUCAUCACACUUUGCGCCUUUGUCAUCAAAUACUACAUUUUCCAUCAAUCCGAGUCUCAAAAGAAUCCUGCAGUGCAUCGUCCGCUUUGCACGUGACGUCUUCCUGUGGUCUUCUGAAGAGAAAUUUGCCACAGACCUGGUCAGUACCAUGCUGCCACUGCUGCUGGAUGCCACGACAGAGUCGUUGGCUGACUUCGUGACGCUGGCACUUGAAGGUAGCAUUGGCUCUCCAGACACUGAUGAAUUUUCGCAGCACAUAUAUGAAGAGAUGUUGAAGCAUGCGUAUGACCUGCUUAUAGGCUACUCCAAACAGGAGAGCGGGAUAGACGAAAACAUGCUACUGGAAUGCCUGAAGUUCAUGGAAGGUCUCCUCGACAAACAGCCGGGCAAAAAGGCCCUGGAAAAAUUCUUUGCGGAGAGAGAUAUCUGGGACCUCUUGCUGUCUGCUGUGCAUGGAAACCUGAGCCCGGCGUACGGGACACGAGUCCUUAAAUUCUUCAGCAAGCUCUUCAUGCAAAUUGAAAAAAAUCCUGGAGAUGCCAUCCUGGAGAAACUCAACGUGAGUUUGAGCAAAAUGUCCAAGCUGAAAGAGUUGGAUACAGAAGCCCUAGAAGGCUGGCUUACCAAGGUGGUCGUUGGAAAGGGACAGCAGAACGAUGAGGCUGGCAACAUACAGGAAAACAGGCUGCUGCUACAAAAUCUUACCUCCUAUAUUGUAAAAGACAACAGCGAGCUGUCAACUGAAGUUGCUCAAGCUUUCAUGAAAGCUCUCAUUGCACUGGGUUCACGCAUCCCCUGGGAGUCCGAUGGGCUGGACUUCUGGGACAUGAUGGGUGUCAUGGCAACGUUAGCUGCUGCUGGAUCUGGAAAGGGACACCUGCAGCUGUUUGUGGCUGCAACAGAGUGGCUUGAGAAAAGCAUUGGCUGCAUUGCCAUAAAGGAUGUCCUCGAAAAGCUUGAAGAAAAUGCUGUUGAAGGAAAGCAUCAGGCACUCAUGGAAUCGACGUGUCACCUGCUGUCAUACAUUGCCGACGUCGUUGGAGCUCUGAAACUACUGGCAGAUCGUUCAACAAGCCAGGGCAGAAGUGGCGCUGUGAGUCCCCCAUGCGACGGUGACCUCCAGCAUCCCGAAGCCGACUCGGAUUGGGCAGACGAGAUGGGUCCCGAUGAUGAAGAAUCCGGAGGGGAAGACUCGGAUGAAGACUCGCUGUGCAACAAGCUUUGCACUUUUACCAUGACCCAGAAGGAGUUCAUGAACCAGCACUGGUAUCACUGCCACACAUGUCGUAUGGUGGAUGGUGUAGGUGUGUGCACCAUCUGUGCCAAGGUGUGCCACAAGGAUCAUGAUGUGACGUAUGCCAAGUUUGGCUCCUUCUUCUGUGACUGUGGUGCUAAGGAUGAUGGAACCUGUCAGGCACUGGUGAAAAGAAACCCCCAGUCAUCGUCUGAAGGGGUGGCUGCUGCAUCCAAUGCAGCCUUCUCUCUUCCAACGGAGAACGUGCUUCCCAGCUCCCUCCGUAGGAGGGCUUCUUCUCCAGUUCAGGGUACCGGGGCCGCCUUCCCCGAUGCACGCGCCACGCAGUCGGCGACUAUCGUGCCGAUGGACUUUAAGAGGGUCUCGGAGGAGAACCUGAAGAACAGGCAACAGCUCUCAAAAAAGCUAGAGGCAUUCAGUGAGAAUCUCAUCUCUCUCACGACUUCCAGCAACCUUGCCAACAGUGUGCUGAGUAUGGUGCAGUCACUGAUGCCGGCAAUAAUCCAGACCUGCAAUCGCAAUUCUCCCAUUGGAAGUUCUGCAAGGGCGCAAAAGGCCCUGUCCGACCUUCACAGUCUGGACAAGACCUUUGACCAUGUGGACCAGCUCAUGGUACCAACUCUGGGCUCCCAGGAAGGCGCCUUUGAAAACGUGCGGAUGAAUUACUCUGGGGAACAAGGUCAGACAAUCAGACAGCUACUCAGCGCGCACAUGAUUAGACGAGUGGCGAUGUGUUGUCUUGCAUCAACACAUGGGAAGAGACAGCAUCUUGCUGUUAGCCACGAGAAGGGAAAGAUCACACUUCUUCAGCUCUCUGCGUUACUGAAGCAGGCAGACUCAAGCAAGCGGAAACUUACAAUUACGAGGUUGGCGUCAGCCCCGGUGCCGUUUACUGUGCUGUCCAUUGCUGGAAAUCCGUGCAAUGAAGACUACCUUGCAGUAUGUGGGCUUAGGGACUGUCACAUACUCACGUUCAGCAGCAGCGGCUCUGUGUCUGAACACUUGGUGCUGCACCCUCAGUUGGAGACCGGUAACUACAUUAUCAAGGCAAUAUGGCUUCCGGGAUCUCAGACAGAGUUAGCAGUGGUGACUGCAGACUUUGUAAAGAUAUACGACCUCUCUGUGGAUGCCCUAAGUGCUCAAUUCUACUUUCUGUUGCCAACGGGACGAGUGCGAGACUGCUGCUUUGUCUUCUCGGAAGAUGGGCAACGUCACCUGCUUCUCAUGUCGUCUGCUGGCCAUGUGUACUUCCAGCCCCUUGAGGAAGAGAGUUCUGCGAAGCAUGGCCCCUUCUAUGUCACCAGUAUACUUGAUGUUCGCCAUCCUGAUAUCAAGGACUCCGUAGGCACAGUAGCUGGUGGAGGUGUCUCCAUCUACUACUCACAUGUGCUGCAGCUCCUCUUCUUCAGUUAUGCCAACGGAAAGAGCUUCAUGGCAUCCCUGCCACAGAUGACCUCCGAACUGCAUGACCCAGUGCUAAUUCAAGUAAAGGCCGCAACCGCCGCAGCCAAUACCACACCAGCGUCGUCCACAACAGCUGCUGCAGCGGCCACCAGCAAUGGCAACUCGAAUGCAACCAAUGCUGGUGCAUCUACCAGCGCAACCUCAUCCGCCGGUGGUAGCGGAGGAUCCAGCAAGCCAACACCACAGCCGUUGUGCCAGUGGUCAGAGGUGCCAAACCAUCCAGGAUUGGUCCUUGCACUGAUGCAGUUUUCCAACAACCCACUAGUCCUCAUGGUUAAACCUGGUUCUGUCAUGAUUCAGGAAAUCAAGCUCCUAACAGCCAAAUCGAAAAUCACUGACCUGGUAGCAAUUCGCCAUCCGACAUCUAGUGGAGAAAUGAGGACUACAAUGAUCCUGCUUUGUGAGGAUGGCAGUCUGCGCAUCUACAUGGCAAGUCCCGACCAGACGGGCUACUGGUUGAGGCCCGCAUUCCAGCCGACUGUACCCGGCAGUGCAUCCAGCGCACCCUCUCAGGCGAGACCCCCACGGAAGAAAAAGGCUGCACGAGUCCGAGGGUCCGUGACGACUGCCACAAGUGUUUCCUUUCCUGUGGACUUCUUUGAACACUGUUCUCUACAGCAAGAUGUAGAGUUUGGGGGCAACGACCUGCUGCAGAUUUACAAUACACAGCAGGUGAAGCACCGUCUAAACACCAAUGGAAUGUAUGUGGCCUGCACAAAACCAGGUGGCAUGACUCUGGAGGUGACCAACCCGGAUUCGUCUAUGGUGAUGGUUGGCAUUCGGGUCCUGGUUGGCUCACAGGAUGUUCAGAGAGCACCGUCCACCAUCGAAGUAUUUGGCCGCUCCCAGCAGGUGGCUGUCACACGUUCACGCUGGUACGAUGUCGCAUUCACACGUGAGGAGUCGCUGGGAGCCGACAAGAAGCUCAGCAUCUUUUUUGGACCAAGUGCGGAUCCUUCAUACAUCACCAUGGUGGACUCCGUAAAAGUGUAUUGUAAGACGAAGGAAGCUUUCGGAUGGCCGGAAGAAAACGAGGAGUUCCAAGGUGGAGUUGGCCCCAUCGUGCCUCCCGGAGGUGCCAUUCCCAUGGGAGUCGAUCCCGAUGGAAUGCCAUCAACUCCCCUACCACUCACUCCACUGGACAGGCUGUUGAACAGCUGUCUUGAGAUGCUGGAAGGCUGCGUAUCCGUGAAUGCUUUCAGCGAACAAAACGCCCUACCCGUACGAACAGCAGCACUCGAGACUGCGACCCAACUCCUCACUCUCCCAACCCCAUCUGUGGUGCACCAGAAUGUUAAAGCUCUCUUGUCUGCUCUUCACCUUUCACGGGCAGCUUACAGCAAUCACAGGGACCAGGCCUUACUUACUUACGUGAUGGAAAGCCUGAAUAAUGUCUCGGAAGGAAAACCGUUUGGUGACAUGGAUGGAGAAUCGUACUACCGCUUGGUGGCCAUCACUCGGGGCAUUGCGUCUGCUCGCCCGAGCAACCUGGUCCAGUUUGCCGAAUCUCAAGAUCCCUCUCUCCCAGCCGAGGGAACUGAAACAUCUGGCAAAGAAGAGAUACUCGAAGAACGUGGACUUCCACACAAAGUCACCAUAGCAACCAACACCGGAAACCCAGACGAGAGCCACCUCAUGAGCCGUCUCUCGGAGGCAUUCUGGCACCUGCAUGCUUUGCGACCCAAAAAUCCUGCCCUGGCCCCCGUAUCAAGACACGGCCUAGUCCACGUUGAAGCUACGGUGCAGGCAGUGGUAGAAGUGAUCUAUGCGUUCACAGCGGUGGACCUUGACAGCAUAGGGCUAGCAGCUCAGCUGUAUGCACGCUUGUUGCUCUGUGAGGACACGACAGUGAGCUUCGCUGCAAAGCAGGCCCUGAUAAGGGUCCUGCGGCCAAAGACGCGUCGCAGGAAGGUCUUCAUCCCAUCCCCGCCGCACUGCAGCACUCCAGGUGAAGCACCCCAGGAAAACCAAGAUCAAAAGCCCUCCAUUGCUUCAACAUCAGCCUCGACUACAUUAACCCUUGGCCAACAGACACCAGUAGCUCCGCCUGCAUCUGCUGCCGGUAGUUCUUCAUCCGCAGUGGGUGUUGUUCAGCGGCAGAGUUCAUCCGAGUCCCAGCAGGAUGUAGACGCCCACUUUGAAGUGCUGGAGGGAGUUGAUCCAGUGAUGCUACUGGCUCAUGGUGCUUCAGGAGGAGUGGGGGGAGCAUUUCCCCCCCUCUUGGACAUCCCUCCUGAUGCAGAUGAUGAGACCAUGGUGGAGCUCGCUAUAGCAUUAAGUUUGCAGGACCAUCCAGGGCAGGCUGAAGACCUGAAUCUUCAGGGUCUAGCCAUGGCAGCCCAAGGAGGGCCUCAGAGGGCUUCCUCGCUUGAGGGGGGCCACUAUUCGGAUACCACAGCUUCCGCUGGUGCCAGCGACGAUGAAGGAAGCACAGCUGCUACAGAUGGUUCCACUUUACGCACCUCCCCCGCGGAGCAGGGUGGCAGUGCAGCUGGUUCAGAGAGCGGAGGCAGCGGAGCAGAUUCAAUGACUGGAGAACCCAAUGCAAGCGGUCGCAGCAGCGCCUAUGGGGAUAAUGCGACGGAAGGUCCUUUGGGGGGUCCUGGUGGAGGGGCCCGCUCUGAGACCAGCUCCGUGGGGCUGCCUUCAGCCUCGAUGCUCAUGUUGCCUCCUGAUGGCACUGAUUUGGACGGAGAUGCUGCCUCAGGACUGCGUCUUCACACCCUGAGACUGGCCCUGCUGGAACGGCUCCUCACGUUUCUGCCAGAGCUUAGGGGAGUGGGUGGUGUGAGAGCUGUGCCCUUCAUGCAGGUGGUCCUAAUGCUGAGCUCCGACCUCGAUGGAGAAGAUGAGCGCGACCGUUCUGCGCUGGACGAACUCUUGUCUGCCCUCAUCGGGGAACUGGAAAGAGAUGCAUCCCACGUUGUGGAGAGAACUCUGCGUUCGGAAGAGCAGCUCAUCGUGAUGCGACUCCUGAGCAUCCUCAUGUCACGCAUUAAGGGCUGCGGAGGAAAGGGUGGGGAAAUUCCUCCGUCUGCUCACUGCAGUGCCGCCACUGCUGCGGCCCUACACGCAAACGGAGUAGUCGAGCACUGCCUGCAGCUUCUUCGACUUUUGCUUGAUCACUGGAAGGGAGUGCAGAACGGGAAUGCCGAUGCCGAAGCUUCCGGAGCACAAACUAGCGGCCCGCCCUUGUUGAAGCCGCAUCCCGUGUCUCCUCCGCCGGAUAUGUCUCCCUUCUUCCUCAGGCAGUAUGUGAAGGGGCACGCCAGUGACGUCUUUGAGGCAUAUCCGCAACUGCUGACAGAGAUGGCUCUACGGCUGCCCUAUCAGAUGAAGAAAGUCGCUGCUGCCGUGCCAGCGGCAUGCCCAUCCCCCACCUUUGGCCAGCCUUGGAACUCGUGCCUUUGCGAGUACAUGAUGGUGCAACAGACUCCUUUCAUUCGACGGCAGGUCCGUAAGCUCCUGCUGUUCCUGUGUGGUUCGAAGGAAAAGUACCGUCAGCUGCGAGACUUCCAUGCCCUGGAGACACAUCUAGCCGGAGCGCGAGAAGUUUGCAAUGGCGUGCAGAAUCCAUCUAGCCUUCCUUAUGACUCCCUCGUGGUUGUGGUAGAGCAUCUCAAGGCCUGCACAGAGAUUGCUACGUCUCGAACAGGCAACUGGCAGCGAUUCUGCCUUCAAGAUGAAACCAUCCUGCCCUUCCUCUUCCAGGUGAGCUUCCUCCUGGAUGAAGGCGUCGCUUCAACCAUCCUGCAACUUCUUCAGUGCGCCCUCUGUGGCUCUGCAGCAUUGUCUGCAACAGCAACUGCUCAGCCUAGUGGCAAGUCCCAUCCACCAGCCACCAGCUCUCCAGCGAAGCAUAGACGUGAACGAGAAACUUCCGAAGAGCCUAAUGAACCUGACGAGGCUCAGUGCUCUGCACUGGCCCAGCAGGUCAAUCGGUCCCUAAACAAGACCCUACUGACUCAGUUCAUCAAAGCCUUUUUACUCGAAUCAAACUCUACUUCCGUGCGCUGGCAGGCGCACUCUCUCCUCUACCACCUCCAUCGUCACUCACAGCCAGACUGCCAAGAAGCCGUCCUCGACCUGCUAUGGCAGCUGUGGAGCCAGGUCCCAUGCCAUGGUCGCAAGGCCUCGCAGUUUGUCGACCUCCUUGGCUACCUGACCCUACGAGCUCCUCAGCCAGAAAAAGAGUUUGCCGAACUGGCCCUUUCGGUCCUGCGUCAGCAGGACAAAGUCCUCGCGCAGCAUCCAAACGCCAGUCUCUACAGUGCCCUGCGUGGCCUCGUUGAACUGGAUGGCUAUUUUCUCGAAAGUGAGCCCUGUCUUGUCUGCAACAACCCUGAGGUUCCUUACGCAAACAUAAAGCUGUCGGCGAUCAAAGUCGAUUCCCGUUUUACGACGUCGACCCAGAUAGUGAAGUUAGUCGGAUCGCACACUGUAUCGCGUAUCGUCCUCCGCAUUGGUGAUCUCAAGCGCAGCAAGAUGGUGCGCACCAUCAACAUCUACUACAACAACCGGGCCGUUCAGUCGGUCGUUGAGUUGAAGAACCGACCUGCACUGUGGCACCGGGCCAAACGCUGCUCCCUCUCCGCGGGCCAGACGGAGCUCAAGAUGGAGUUUCCGCUGCCGAUUGUGGCGUGCAACCUGAUGAUAGAGUAUGCGGAUUUCUAUGAAAACGUGCAGGCAUCGUCGGAGACGCUGCAGUGCCCGAGGUGCAGCGCCUCAGUGCCCGCAAACCCUGGGGUGUGUUCGAACUGCGGCGAGAACGUUUUCCAGUGCCACAAGUGCAGGGCCAUCAACUAUGACGAGAAGGACCCUUUCCUGUGCAACUCGUGCGGGUUUUGCAAGUACGCAAAGUUCGAUUACACGCUGACUGCGAAGCCCUGCUGUGCAGUCGACCCCAUAGAAGGGGAGGAGGACAGGAAGAAAGCUGUGGCAGCCAUCAACGCACUCCUCGAGAAAGCGGACAAGGUGUAUAAGCAGCUCGUGGCAAACAAGCCAGCAUUGGAGUUGCUGCUGUUGAAGGUUCAGGAGCAAGGGCUCGUGGACAAGGCGUUGGAGGAAGAAGCAGCCGCUACGGGUGGAGCAACGACGGCAACGGGGGCAUCGACGACGGCUUCGAGCACGGUGAACCGGUCCAUUCAGCAACUGGCUCAGAAAUAUUGCUCAGACUGCAAGUCGUCAUUUGAUGAGCUGAGCAAGAUUGUACAGAAGGUACUGGCCUCACGAAAAGAGCUGGUUGAGUAUGAACGGAAACAGCGGGAUGCCAGAAAGCAACAUCAGAGCCAAAGUGGAGCCCUCGGAACAAAGAGCGAACCCGGGACUUCCGCCCUGGGAAUGGCCUCUGCUUCGAAGCAGUCUUCUGGUAAAUGCUACGGCUGUGCCAGUGCCGCUGUGGAACACUGCAUCACCCUGCUGCGUGCACUCGCCACAAAUGCUCCGUACAGACGGUUGCUGUGUGGAGAAGGCCUGAUUGGUGAGCUGGUAGAACAUAACCUUCGCCAAGGCUGGGCACAAGUCGGCCACUUGUUGUGCCUCUUGACCCGAGACAAUCCGGCAGCCACCGACGACCUCCACUCCCUCCUCAUGGAUCGCAUAUCCCUGGCUCUCUUGCGCAGCACGGGAGGAGCUGGGGCAUCAUUUUUGCAGCAGGAAACACUGGGCACGUUACCCGAUGGGACACACGCCAUUGGUGGCAGUCCCGACCUGCCUGCUGCUGUUCGACAUGAAGUGGCCCUCAUGGCACUGUCGCUGCAGAAGGAAGACUCCUGCUGGGAGCAGAGGCUGAGGUACGUGAUGAAGCUCUUCCUGCUGGGUGUGAGCUCGCAUAGCCCAGUUGUCAUGGAGUGCAUCACGUUGCCCUGCCUGAAGAUCCUACAGUCUGUGAUAAAACCGGAACCGCCAUCAACUAAACGCAACAAGGACAAGAGUGUAGAGAACUUGGCUACAGUUCGUUCCUCUGGUAUGUCAGUGAGCGUCGACCUCCAGGGGUGGCUCGAAGGCGACCCACGCCAGUCGUUUACCGCCUGGAAACAGCGCUGUCCUCGUCGUCCUGCGGACACUUUGUCCUUGGGAGGUGGCCGCAGGAUGCGAAGGGAAGACAUCAGAUCUCGUUACCUGGCGGAGAAAUAUGCGCAGCGCUGGCGGCAGAGAACGCUGUUUAGACAAGGCCCUCCUCUGCGCCUUCUCCCCGAUCCCAGCUGGUUGAGACGCGUCCUCUUCAAUCCGUCCUGUAGGCAAGCACGCAUGGUGGCCUGCUCGCUACUUGAAGCACUAUGUCAGGUGCCGUCACGUUGCAAAGAAGUCCUUGACAUGCUGACCGUGUAUCUGGAUGACUUGGGUGCUGCCGGGGAGAAUGGCGCAAAGUUCCUUGCCCUCUACCAGUCCCUUAUCGCCCCCGACCACUGGAAGCACUACCUGGCCAUUCGGGGCCUCCUGCCUCACCUGGGCGAGCUCAUCACUACCGAGAUUCAACAGCUCACUCAAUUAGAAGAAACUACCCUGAAUGCUGACCUCUCGCAGGGAUUUGCAUUGAAGAUGCUUACAGAGUUGUUGGCCUCGUUUGUUGAAGUGGAUGCGAUACGCCAGCAUUACAAGUCCCGACUGGUGGGCUGCGUACUCAACGGCUACCUCUCGCUCCGCAAGCUUGUGGUGCAAAGGACUAAAUUGAUUGAUGAAACGCAGGAUAAACUGUUGGAGCUUUUAGAAGAGAUGACUACAGGUACUGAAUCUGAGACUGAGUCCUUCAUGGCUGUUUGUGUGGAAACUGUAAAGAAAUACGGCUUGGAGGACUACAGGACGCCGGUGUUCAUUUUCGAACGUCUCUGCUCGCUUAUCUAUCCGGAAGAGAAUGACACAGGAGAGUUCUUUGUUACCCUUGAGAAGGAUCCGCAGCAGGAAGAUUUCCUUCAGGGCCGUAUGCUGGGCAAUCCGUACAGCUCUACUGAGCCUGGGAUGGGGCCUCUGAUGCGAGACAUCAAGAACAAAAUCUGCCAGGACUGUGAGCUUGUAGCACUUCUUGAAGAUGACAACGGAAUGGAACUUCUAGUGUGCAACAAGAUUAUUAGUCUGGACCUGCCUGUCAAGGACGUCUACCGCAAGGUUUGGUGUGUGGAGAACAGCGAGACUGAAGCCAUGCGUGUGGUGUACCGCAUGCGUGGUCUGCUGGGAGAUGCCACGGAAGAAUUCAUAGAGUCGCUGGACACCAAAGAGAACCAAGAAGUGAACGAGGAAGAAGUUUAUCGUCUGGCCAACGUAAUGGGCGUCUGUGGAGGAUUGCAGGUGAUGUUGCAACGGCUCGCCUCAGUCGAUGACCUCACUCGUGGACGACCGCUCCUUACGGUGCUACUCAAGCUGUUUGGCUUCUGUGUGAAGGUGAAGAGCAAUAGGGUGAAGCUGCUUGAUCCCUCCCUGGAGGCAGUGCCAACACUUUUGGCAGCACUGCGCCUCACUCUCGACACAGACGAUCCUUCAUUGGCGGAGCAGCUGUUGUCCACCCUUGAGGUGGUGUUAGCUGAAGGAGCAGCCUGCACUCCUCCUGCAGUGCCUUCAGGUGUAACCCAGGGUGACAUCACAUUCCUCUUGGCCCAAGUUGGCUCACCAUUGGUGAAAGGAUCAUCUCGCCUGCUGCAGCUUCUAAUGAGGGUCGUUCCAUUCCUCACCCUCAAUGAUGAGGACAAAAUGGAAGUACUCAUUGGGCACUUCAAGCAACAGCUCAACUUUGGUCGCUUUGAUCUUGAGCACACUGCAGAUGACGACAUACAAUUGGAGUGCUUCUGCAAUCUCAGUGCCGGCAUCGAGCGCAAUGACAAUGGCAAUCGACUCAAGGAGCUGAUGGUAGCACAAGGGAUUGUGCAGGACGCCGUUCAGUAUCUGCUGAUUCAUGCUCCUCCAGCAAAAAGCUCCUUGCUGGGCACUGCUGAAAACUGGAAGGAGUUCACGUCCAAGCCAGCUCUUAAAUACGUCUUGCGCAUUUUAACCGGACUGAGCAGGGGCCAUGAGACCACACAGAUUCUAGUCAGUGCUGAGUGCAUUCCCAUCAUCCACAGACUGGAACAAGUAUCCAGUGACGAACACGUGGGUUCCUUGGCUGAGAACCUGAUGGAAGCCUUGAAGGAGCAUCCCGACGUGGCACAAAAGAUUGAAGAGGUACGGAAGCAGACGCGAGAUGAGAAGAAGAGACUGGCGAUGGCCAUGCGUCAGAAACAGCUCGGCCAGCUUGGCAUGCGUACCAAUGAAAAGGGCCAGGUGACUGCAAAGAGUUCGAUACUGAAACAAAUGGAGGACCUGGGUGAAGAAGCAGGACCCAUCUGUAUAAUCUGCAGGGAGGGCUACAAGUUCCAGCCAAACAAGGUCCUCGGCAUCUACACCUUUACCAAGCGCUGUAACGUCGACGACUAUGAGGCCAAACCGCGCAAGACACCCGGCUACUCAACGGUUACCCACUUCAACAUUGUUCAUGUUGAUUGCCAUAUGGCAGCUGUGAGGCACGCCCGUGGACGGGACGAAUGGGAAAGUGCAGCCCUACAAAAUGCGAACACCAAGUGUAACGGCCUCCUUCCCCUAUGGGGGCCCCAGGUGCCAGAGUCUGCUUUUGCCAGCUGUUUAGCAAGGCACAACACAUACAUUCAGGACUGUACUGGACACUUGGAUGUCGGCUAUGCCUCAACGCUGCACGAUCUCAAGCUUCUAUUGGGAAGGUUUGCGCAGGAGAAGUCGUUCAGCGAGGACAGCGGAGGUGGGGGACCCCAGAGCAACAUGCACCUCAUUCCUUAUCUGCUACACAUGGUCCUGUAUGUCAUCAACACGACGAGGUGUGUUGCGAGAGAAGAGAAAAACCUUUCUAAUUUUCUGGAGAUGUCACCCGAACGGCAGGUUGAGAACUGUUUUGAGAGUGAAGGUCCUUGCUACUGGACGACGAUGGCUCUCGCUGUAUGGUCUCCAGCAAAGUGGGUGCUUCGGCGAACAGCACUUCUACAGCGAAUGAUUGUGCUGGCUCAAGCUCGGCACUUAUGCAUCCAAGGAUCUUCAACAUCCACACUGGCUGACAUAGAAAUGAAAGAUUUUUCGGUCUACAAGCCAUAUCUCCUGUUCCUUUCUAUGGUCGACGGCCUCUAUAAUAUAAUGUUCAAGAGGGUAUCCUGCAUCAGUGACGAGUCCUGGCCCACAGCUUUGGCUGAGUACAUCCGCCACAAUGAUCAGCCAAUGUUGGAGCUGGGAGACAAGUUGCUGAGGCACUUUGAAGAACAACUUCUACCCUGUCAGUCAUUUGCAGAGUACUGUGAUGUCAUGGGCCUGUUGUCGGAAAUCCCUGAUCCUGAUGCCUUCAUGCAGGAAGCUCUCCGCAAGAGGGCUUGCACAUAACAUAUUUACAUUAGAGUCUGUUUAAUAAAGUUUCUCGGUUUGGGAAUA